GCUUCAUUUAGAUGUAAACGUUACCUUGUUUUCGUGAUGUCGUUUCAUACGAAAUCAAUAGAACGUAUCCUCAGCCCAGUUGCUCAACAGGUUUUAAAGCUAAUAUUGCUGUUUGAGGAUGCUGGAUCAGGUACAGAGAUUCCUGAUCUGGAAUUUCGCGUAAAUGUUGUAAAACUUGCAGUUGAGAACCUUAUAAAGGUUGGUCACCAAACAAUCGAGGCUAGUGACGACCAGCUGCUACAGAGAGAUAUGCCGCCUUCACUCAAGCGUGUUGAAGAUGCAUCUUUUUAUCUUCAGGAUGCUGUCGUACUGUUGCAAAACGACCCGAACUCUUCAGAAGCACGAAGAAAACUGAUAGAAGGAUCUAGAGGUAUACUACAGGGAACAUCAUCUGUGCUUCUUACCUUUGAUAUGUCUGAAGUACGAAAAAUUAUCAGACACUGCAGACGAGUACUUAGUGUCCUAGCCACUGCGGAACAUGUUUCGAGUCUCACUGGUUUGGCUGAUUUUGUUAAGCGACUAACCCCUUGUAUGGCGGAUAUGAUUAAAGAAGUAGACAAUCGACAGGAAGAAUUGACUAUUCAGUCUCACUCUGCCCUGCUUCUUAGGGGUAUAGAACAAGUGAAACGUCUUACGCCUAUUUUAAUAUCGUCUUUGAAACUCCACGUAAAUACACAUCAAAAUCAUCUACCUGGAGCUGCUGAAAGUCAAGCAAACCGAGACUUCUUGUUGUCUGAAAUGUCCAGUGAAAUACAUGAAAUUAUACGUGGCUUACAGCUUACCGAAACGGAUUCAUCAGAGUUAUUCGAUGAUGACUUAGCGGCUAUGCAUAUGAAUAAAGCAGCUUUUGAUAGCCGUCUACAGUUUGUCAGUGACUGGAUUUCUGAUUCGAAUUGUUCCGUUGCAAUGACAGCUGGUGAGAAAGCACUGAAUCAAGUUUUGAAUUCAGCAAGAAAUUUAGCCAAUUUAAAUCAAACAAGUUCAAAUAGUAAAGCAAUAAUCCAUUUAUGCGAUGAAUUAAACGAUUAUGCACAGUCACUUAUUCACUUACGAAGAAGUGGUCAUGGUAAUGGAUCAGAAGCAAGUCAUAUUGCCAAUACACUUAGUACAAAAUUAAAUCAAUUAUCUAGAUUAUGUAAAGAUUUAUCAUUACGUGAUCAUAAUGGUGGCGGCGUUGGUGAUCAACAGCAUCACACAUGUAAUCCAUUAUUUCGUUUGGCUAGAACACUUGAAGGUAAACUAGUUCAGGCUCAACGUUGGCUAGCUGAUCCUCGUGGUCCAUUACGUCAUGUUGGCUUAGAAGCAUGUCGUUCAUUAGCUCAAGGUGCAAGAAGUAUUAUAAUGUCAUCUGAUAGUAAUGAUGUUUCUGUCAAUAACAAUAAAAUAAAUGCUAACAGUAGUCCGUCUGAAGACAAGGGGACCAAUGAUGCUUGUUUAGAAUCAUGUGAACAUGUUGAGAGAGUUUCUGACAAACUUUUUGCAAUAUCUUCUCAACCAUUAACGGCAGAAAAUGAAAUCAGUCAACAAGAUUUAGCAAUGGCUAUGAGUCGUAGUUUGGCGUAUAUAUGGCAAACAUUAGAGAAAUUAUUAACAAGACAAAUUGCUGAAGUCUACACAGAUCUUGUUGGACCAUUACGUCAAUUAGUAGAAUCUGCAUCUCCAUCAUCUGGUAAUUUACCAGAUCAAAAUGAUUACAAUGUGAAAAUGAAAGAAUUUCUAACGCAAUGUAAUCAACUUGUCAAUACUGGAGAAUUAGCUGCAGCUACAAAAUUAUCCGAUGUAUGGCGUUCUGAUGCAUUACGUUGUUUAACUAGUCAACUUAAUGAAUUAGGUGCACAAGUUGUAUUAGCUGGUCGUGCAGUUAUCCUAUCAGCUGAUCCAAAUUUACAAUUACAACCUGGUGGAGCUAGUUUGAAACAAGCCACGUCAGAUCAUUUUCUUAUGAUGCGUCAACAUUGGACAGAUACUGCUGAACGUAUGAGGGCAUUAGUUGAUGAAGCUGUUGAUGCUAAUGCAUUCAUAGCUGCUCAAGAGAUUGGAAUGUUACGUGAUUCGGCCAAAACAGAAAAUAGUAUUGCUGCAAUAUCAACAACCGGUGUAGUUGAAUCCACAACACGUAUUGCACGACGAGCAAAUCGUGUACUUCAAUUAAUCACACGAGAAGCAGAUAAUAGCGAAGAUCCGUUGUAUGUUGAUCGAAUGAACGAUGCUGUGAAAGCUUUACGAUCAACUAUCACACCAAUGGUAAAUGAUGCUAAAGGUUUAGUAACAAAUAUUGAAGAUCCACAUAUGCAUGAUCAAUGGCGUUUAUCAAAUCGUAAUUUAUUAACUGCUGUUAAUUCAGUAAAACAAGCUGUUAGUCCAUCAUUUAAUAAUCCUAUUAAUUAUUAUCAUGAACAUUAUCGUCCAAUAUCUGUACAUAAAAAUGGAAUUAACAGUACAAAUACAAGUAUUAGUAGUAAUAGCUGUAAUAAUAUACAUAACAAUAAUAAUAAUAACAAUAGUAUCUCAUCAUCUAAAUCAUCACAAGCUUCUAUUAAAGAGACAACACCUUCAAUUCCUCUUCGAGAAAUGCAAGAAAUAUCAAUUACAGAUGUUUCUCAUAUACCAUAUUCAUAUAUUGACAAUAAUAAUAGUAAUGAUUACAUUUAUCAUACAUCACAUUAUCAUCAUAAACCUGUGUACGAAAUUAAAUUAUCUAAUCCUCUUCAUCAUUCACCAUCAUCACCACCACUGCCACAUCAUCAAAAACAACAUAUCACUACUACCAGUCAUCAUCAUCAUCAUCAACCUUAUUCUUCACCUACACAUUCAUAUCAACAAUCCAAUCCACUUCAUCAAGCAUACUCACCUGGUUACUACACUGAUAAUAAUAACAGUAAUAAUAAUCUACAUUCACCACCAUCACCCCCUUACCAACAACAAAAUCAUCACUAUCAUCCUCAUAACCAUUCAAAACAUCAUCAUCAUCAUCAAACUGAAAACAUAAAUACUUAUUUAACAAUGAAACAUAAUAAUGAUUAUUUAUGUACAGAUGAAGAUCGACAACAACAAUCUGGUACUAUUUCUUUAGAUGAUGCUGUAUCUACUACAACAACAGCAGCUGGUGUUCCUGCACGAACUAGUACACCUGAUACGGAAGUUGAUGAAGAAUUCAACUUUCCACCACCUGAAGAAAAUCAACCAAUUAUGGCUGCUGCUCAUGCAUUACAUCAUGAAACACGAUUGUGGUCUAGUCGAGAUAAUGAAUUAAUUGCAGCAACUAAACGUAUGGCUGCUUUAAUGGCUCAAUUAAGUCAAAUUGUUCGUGGUGAAUACGGUACAAAGAAGGACCUGAUUAAUGUUUCUAUGGCUAUUGCUGAAGCAUCUUUGGAUGUUAAUCGAUGUGCAAAAGUAUUAGCUAAAGAAUGUACAGAUCGUCGUAUACGUUCGAAUCUUUUACACCUAAGUGAUCGUAUUCUCACCAUUGGGAACCAAUUAAAAAUUUUAUCUACUGUAAAAGCCACUAUGCUUGGAACACAAGAUGAUUCCUGGUUCGAAGCUCCAUUACAAUCGGAACUUGAUUGUGGUUCUACAGAAGAUCAAGAAAAUACUGAAUCAUUAGUAGGUAAUGCACAAAAUUUAAUGCAAUCUGUUAUUGAAGCAUUACAUAUUGCUGAAGGUGCCAGUAUUAAAAUGCGUGUUAAUAAUGGACAAAAAUUUAUUUGGCAUCCACGUAUAAAAUCAAAUUCUUAUUAUCAUAAUAAUAAUAAUAAACAAUUACAUUCAAUUGUACGUUAA